CCAGUCCCCGCCAUGUUCCCUUCGGGCUGCAGCAGCCCAGCGGCGCCCUGCCCCCCGACAUCAGAGGGAUCCCGAGGGAAGGUGGAACUGGGUUCGGCGUCCGGAGGGCAUUCGCACCCGCCCCUUUGGAGUGGAGCAUGUGGUUUCCAUAGUUAAGCGCGCGUUGUGGUCUCCUGAUGGACGGGGGCGUGGCCAGGAGAGGCGGGCCGUCCUGCAGUCGCGGGUUCCGGGGGCUCCCGGGCGCGGAGUGUCCUGGCCGUGGGGAGACCGCGGGGGUGAUGCCUGCUUCGGGCCCGCCGCUUUCGCCCGCAGCCCGCCCCGAGCGCCUGCUUCUCGCAGGAGGAGUCGCCGCCCUUGCGUCGAAAAUUGUUCUCGCGAUUAUUGCGAGUGAGCGAGUCCCGAGGGCGGGGCUGCGGGGACGCCACGCCGACUCCGCCCCCUCCGUCCGAGCGGUCCGUCCCGCUGUCUCCCGACGUCGCGCUGCACGUCGGCUUUGCGGUUCCUCCAGGACGCGGGCUUCGCGAGGUGCGCGUGGAAUGUUUAUUAGCUCGGAGCUAGUGAGACUUUCAAACACCAGCCGACCCCGAGGACCGGGUAAUUCUCCCUGAGUUGUGGAUUGUUUUCAAUGGGUGCGAAGUGAGGAAACACCUACCGGCAGGACUUUCCCGAAGGCGAUGCCAGGAGAGCUAUUGAAACUAAAAAGACCCUUCUCAAGGCAGAAGUGGGUUUUGUGAUCAUUCAUUCUGUCCCAAGAUGAUGACAGAGUCCAAGAGAGCUGCAGCUCAGAAUCCUCAGGAGGAUGAAGGGCUCCUGAGAGUGAAGGUCGAGGAGGAAGAUUUUGUCUGGGGGCAGGACGCUUGCUCAGAGAGAAGUGAUUUUCUCAAGCAGGAGCUGUGCCGGCAGCUGUUCAGGCAUUUCAGCUACCACGAAGCACCUGGGCCCCGCCAGGCACUGUGCCGGCUCCGUGAGCUCUGUGGGCUGUGGCUGCAGCCCGAGACGCACAGCAAGGAGCAGAUGCUGGAGCUGCUGGUGCUGGAGCAACUCCUGAGCAUCCUGCCCGCGGAGCUGCAGGCCCUGGUGCGAGAGCAGUGCCCACAGAGCGGGGAGGAGGUGGUGACAGCGCUGGAAGACGAGAGAAGCAGCGGUGAAGCCGUGCUCCAGGUUCCAGUCCCUGGGCACGGGCAGGAAAUAUUCAGGAGAAAGGCUGCACCUCCUGAACCAGCAUUUACUGACCGGCUCCAGCCAGCAGACACCAAGGACCUUCAGGGUUAUUCAGAACCCCCUCUCCCACGGGACUUCGAUAAUGAGACUGAAAACAACGUGUCUUUGUCAAGUCUGGACGUUCAUGAAAACACAGGCUCACAGAGAAUUGUAUCAGGACGACCUUCGACAUUUGCAUCAGAGGAGUCUGCUGAGCCUUGGGACAUCUCCAAGUCUGCAGGCCAGAGAAAGCAGCAACAGGAAAACGAACCUGGGGAGUCCCGGAGACCAUUGUCUGAUCAGGAUGGAGGUUUUAGCAAAGUCCUCACCCACAAAAAUAUACUUUCAGGUGAAAUAAUAAGUCACAAUGGAUGUGACAGAAGCGUAAACCUGAACCCAAAUGAAUUUACACACCACAGAUCUUGUAGACACAGUACCUGUGACCAAAGUCUCAAGUGGAAUUCGGGUUUUAUUAUGCAUCAAAGAAUUUAUAUUGGAGGAAAAACUCCCCAAUGUGGAAAAUCUCUCAAGCACUCAAACCUUAUUAAACAGACAGCAGUUUUCAGUGGAGAGAAAACCCAUCAAUGUAGUGAGUGUGGGAAAGCUUUCAGGCACAGCUCAAAGCUUACUAGACACCAGAAAAUCCACACGGGGGAGAGACCCUAUGAGUGUAACGAGUGUGGAAAAGGCUUUGCAGGGAGAUCAGAUCUCAUUAGACAUCAGAGAAUCCACUCUGGGGAGAGACCCUUUGAAUGCAAAGAAUGUGGAAGAGCCUUCAGCCUGAACUCACACCUCAUCCUGCAUCAGAGAAUUCAUACCAGAGAGAAACCCUAUGCGUGCAGUGAGUGUGGGAAAACAUUCAGGGUGAGCUCACACCUCAUUCGACACCUGAGAGUCCACACUGGAGAGAAACCCUAUGCGUGCAGCGAGUGCGGGAGAGCCUUCAGUCAGAGCUCGCACCUCAGCCAACAUCGGAGAAUUCACAAGAGGGAAAGCCUAUUAAUGUGAGGGACUUAAAUUCAUAGGGAAUGCUAAGGAAAUAGCAAAAUGUGGGAAACAUUGAAUGAAAAGUAAGUCCUGGGUGGGAUGCGUGACUGAACAGCCAGUGCCUUUCCUCCCUCUGGUCCUCUCGUACGCGGUCCUGCCUGUGGUCUGACCUCUUUACUUUCUGAGAGGCUGGGCUGCCAAACCAGAAGAGCAGAGUUGGGGGAGGCAAGUGAACAGGUUAGUCCCAGCAGCGGAGAGGACAAAAAGGACCUUAGGAAAUAGCCCUGUGGGGGCUCUUGGAGAGGGUGAUCCUCAGCCCCACGUAGUGGUUCUGCACAACAAGGCUGCUCUGCAACAGGACAGACCGGAGGGUUGUGUGAAAGGGGACUCGGCAGGUGGCCUUCUGACAAGUAGGGUGUAAUCUCCAUCCAGGUCGUGCCAGGAAGUACACCCCAGGCAAGAGGCGGGAGUCAGAGA